AUGUCUAUUCACACUGAGUUACCAACUAAUGUCAAACCAUUGGUCUAUGAUUUAUCAUUGGAGCCAAAUUUCACCAAUUUUAAAGUCCAUGGUAAUGUUAAGAUACAAUUAAAAGUCUUAGAAGAAAGUAAUUUCAUAACAUUAAAUUCAUACAAAAUUGAUAUUCAUGAUGCUCAUAUAAUUGAAACAACACAAUAUUCAAAUGAUAUCACAUUCAAUGAUUCAAAUCAAUCAGUUACUUUCAAAUUCCCUCAUACCCAGUUCCAUAUAGAUGAUUUGAUAACAAUAGAUAUAAAUUUCACAAGUACAUUAAAUGAUUCAAUGGAUGGGUUUUAUUAUUAUCAAUAUAAAGACCAAGAUAAAACAAAAUAUGUUGCAGUCACUCAAUUUGAACCAAUUUAUACAAGAACUUCAUUCCCAUGUUUUGACGAACCUAAUUUUAAAGCUAUUUUUAAUAUUAGUUUAAUUACUGAAAAUCAUUUAACUGUGCUUUCCAAUUCAGAUGUUAAAAAAAUCAUACCCCAGGAAAACAAUAAAAAAAUAACUAGUUUUAAUCCAACCCCUUUAAUCUCAACUUAUUUGCUAUCAUUUGUUAUAGGAGAAUUAGAUUAUAUUGAAUCAAAAGAGUUCCAUAUCCCAAUAAGAUUCUAUGCCUUAAAAGGAAACCAACAAAAAGGGAAAUUUGUCCUAGAACUAACAAUAAAGACAUUGAACUACUUGGAAAAUUUAUUCAAUUUAAAAUAUCCAUUAGCCAAAUUAGAUUAUGUCGCUAUACCUGGAUAUUUAGGUGCAAUGGAAAAUUGGGGUUGUAUAAUAAGUAGUGAAAUUGAUGCAUUUAUUGAAGAACAAGACCAUGAAAACAUAUCACUAAAACAAGAUAUUGCAGAAACUGUUAUACAUGAACUUGCUCAUCAAUGGUUUGGGAACUUAGUUACAAUGGAUUGGUGGGAUGGAUUAUGGUUAAAUGAAGGUUUUGCUACGUUCAUGUCAUGGUUUAUAUCCCAAAAAUUUCAUCCAGAUUGGAAAUUAAAUGAAAGUUAUAUUUCUAAAACUAUUGAAGUUGCAUUAAAUAUAGAUUCUUUGAGGUCUUCACAUCCAGUGGAAAUUCCAAUAAAUUCAAGUUCUGAUAUUGAUCAAAUAUUUGAUAAUAUUACUUAUUGUAAAGGUUCUGCCCUGUUAACAAUUGUUGUGAAUUGGUUAGGUGAAGAUGUUUUUUUUAAAGGUGUUUCUUCAUAUUUAAACAAGUUUCAAUAUGGAACUACAAAAACUUUGGAGCUUUGGGAUGCUUUAUCAAAAGCUUCGGGGAAAGAUGUUGUUGAAGUAAUGAAUGUUUGGACUAAAGAAGUUGGUUUCCCUUUGGUAACAAUAACUGAGAAUCAUGAAACUAAUUCAAUCACUUUGAGGCAAAAUAGAUUUUUAUCAACUUUUGAUGUUACGCCACAGGAAGAUGAAAUUAUUUAUCCAAUUUUCCUGAAUUUAAAAACCUUAAAUAAUGAUAUUGAUCACUCCAUAAUAAUGAAUACCAAGGAGUUAGAAAUAAAUUUAACAGGUCUUGGUGCUGAUUUAGAUUUCUACAAGAUAAAUUCAAAUCAUAUUGGUCUUUAUCGUACUUCAUACCCUUCAGAUCGUUGGGAUAAAUUAAGUCAAGCGGCUCGACAAGGUUUAUUGUCAAUUGAAGAUAAAAUUGGUUUAGUUGGGGAUGCUUAUUCAUUAUCAAAUGCAGGGUAUGAAAAAACUUCAAUUUUUUUAAAUUUAAUUGAAGGUUGGUCAGAUGAAGAGAAUUUUGCAGUUUGGAAUGAAAUUUUGAAAAAAAUUGAAGAAUUACAGAAGAACUUACUAUUUGAAGAUGAAAAGGUUAUUAAUGGUUUAGAUAACUUUAUUAAAUCUCUUAUAAAUGAUAAGAUUCAUUCAUUAGGUUGGAUUAUACAAGAUUCAGAUUCGAUUGAUUUGAAAAAUUUAAAAACUAUAUUAUUCUCCACUGCAUCAAAUGUUAAUGAUCCUGAAACUAUAAAAUGGAGUUUCGACACAUUUGAAAAAUAUAUUAAUGGUGAUACUCAUGCAAUUCAUUCAACUUUAAAACCUAUAAUUUUCCGUACUGUGGCUAAACAUGGUGAUGAACUCCAAUAUAAUCAACUUUUUAAAUUAUACCAAGAUCCAUCUAUACCAAAAGAUGAAAGAAAAAUAAUUUUAAAAACUUUUGGCUUUUUCCAUAAUGAAAAUUUAAUCACAAGAACAUUAUCAAUCAUAUUAGAUCCAACUAUAGUUGAUAAAUCAGAUAUUCGUAUCCCAUUUCAAGCAUUGCGUACUCAUAAAUCAGGUAUUUUAUUAACAUGGUCAUGGCUUCAACAAAAUUGGGAUAAAAUUGUGGAAACUAUACCAUCAAGUUUUUCUUUAUUAGGUUCAAUUAUUAAAUUUUCAACAAGUUCAUUUACUUCAUUAGAUAAGAUUAAAGAAAUUGAAUUGUUUUUUAAGGAUAAAGAUACUAAGAAAUUUAAUAAAAGUUUAGCACAAUCUUAUGAUUUGAUUAAAUCUAAAGCUAAAUGGAUUGAAAGAGAAGGUAAAGAUGUUGGAGAUUGGUUAAUUGAAAAUGGGUUUAAAAAAUGA